AUGGCGAAAAUAUUUGAACGUUUAACAGAUGAAAAUCUUGCACAAAAUAUGGAAAAUGUUUUAGAAAUUGUAUGCAAAAUUGGAAAAGGAUCAUAUGGAAAUGUAUUUAAAGCAAAAUAUCGAGAAACAGGACAUUUUUUAGCAAUAAAACAAAUACCGGUUGAAAGUGAUUUACAAGAAAUAGUUAAAGAAAUUUCAAUAAUGAAACAAUGUGAUUCACCAUUUAUAGUUAAAUAUUUUGGAAGUUAUUUUAAAGAUGCAGAUUUAUGGAUUGUUAUGGAAUAUUGUGGAGCUGGUUCAGUUUCAGAUAUAAUAAAACUUCGAGGAAAAACAUUAAAUGAACAAGAAAUAGCUGUUAUUUUAAAAUAUACACUUAAAGGAUUAGAAUAUUUACAUUUAUGUAGUAAAAUUCAUCGAGAUAUUAAAGCAGGAAAUAUUCUUUUAACAAAUGAAGGUCAUGCUAAAUUAGCAGAUUUUGGUGUUGCUGGGCAAUUGACAGACACAAUGGCAAAACGAAAUACAAUGAUUGGGACACCGUUUUGGAUGGCACCAGAAGUAAUUCAAGAAAUUGGACAUGGUGUUCUAGCGGAUAUUUGGAGUUUAGGUAUUACAACUAUUGAAAUAGCUGAAGGCAAACCACCAUAUAGUGAUAUUCAUCCAAUGCGUGCUAUUUUUAUGAUUCCAUCUCGUCCACCUCCAACAUUUAAAGAUAUGUCACGAUGGACACCAGCUUUAAAUGAUUUUGUUUCGAAAUGUCUUGUAAAAAAUCCUGAUGCACGUUCAACAGCAACUGAAUUACUUAAUCAUGAAUUUAUUCUUAAUGCUAAAGAUAACAGUGUUUUAAAACAAAUGAUUGAUGAAGUUCGUGAUAUUCAAGAACGAAAUCGAUCUACAAUACCACCUAAUGCAACAACAAUAACUACAUUUCAUAAUGGUAUUUUAGCUGAACGUUCUAGUAGUAGUGAUGGUACAUUAAUAAAUAAUAAUCCAGAUGAAACAAUUGUUCCUGAACAUCAACAACAAGCAUUUAUAAAUACAAAUACAAAUCAACAAGAUACAGAAACAGAUACAUUCCAAUCAAGUAGUUGUAAUACAAUGAUUGAAUUAUCAUCCGAAUCAUCUGAUACAAUGAUUAUUAAUGAAAAUGGAACUGAAACAGAAAAUGAUGCCGAUAGUCAACAAGAUACACUUAAGACAACGAAUAAACAGCAACCAUCUAAUUUAAUACCUCCAUUUUCAAAUCCUAAUCAAAAUUCAAAACGAACAACAGCUGAUAAAAGUAAAGAAGAAUUUAUGAAAUUAAUCGCUCAAGAAGUGCGAACGUAUAAUAAAAACGGUGAAGAUUUUCAGCGAACGAUUGAACAAUUUUCUGUUGAACAAAUCGAACAACGUUUAGCAUUACUUGAUGAAAUAAUGGAAAUUGAAUUACGUGAAGUACAAAACCGUUUUCAAUCAAAACGAAAACCAAUUUUAGAAGCAAUUAAAUUAAAAAAGAAAACUCAAAAUCAUCAUUAA